UUUUUGCCUUGACAAUCGGAUCAUAUCGUUCCACUCGCUAAAAUUGAUCCAUUUCAUUUCCAUUCAUGCCCCAAAUCCAAAGGAAAAAAAAAAUCAUAAAAUUUACUUGUUCCCGUUCUUGAUUGAUUUGAAUUUUAGAAUUGACUGGUUUUAAUUGGUUGAUUUCAAUUGAUGUUAUGUCAUAUUAAUAUCAGGUAUGGAUCGGAGAAAUCCGGUGUACAGAAGGCAGAGGAGCUCAACGGAGUCACCAGGGACUCCGCCAUCACCAAUGAUGUCUCCGGUGCACUCACGCCAUGUCCGAGCAGGAUCCACUGGAAUGCCUAGCGCGAGGAAAGCACAGACAAAAGCUGCGGCGCAGAGGCUUGCACAGGUGAUGUCAACUAAAACAGAUGAUGAUGAUGAUGAAGACGAUGAACUUUCUUUUGAUUAUAAAGCGACCGGCUUCGGCAGCAUUGGCCUUGCUGGUGGAAGAAGAAUGCCGCGCCAAAGUUCUCCAGUGACCAGACCUAUAGUUAGUGCUGCAGCUGUGAAGAAACCGCAACUGCAAACACAAUCAAAAACACAAACAUCUUACGAGGACAAGGAUGGCGAUUAUGGCUUAAUGACUGGUCCGGCGACCAUUGGACGUGCCGGUGGAAACUCCUUGAGAUCUCGUUCUCCUAUGACGGUUCGUACCAAACAAGAACAACCUAUAUCUGCACUUUCAACAACAGGCAGUCGACCGAUACCGUUUGUUAGUUCUGGGGAACAACCAUCUCCUCUGUCCACAAACAACUUUGAAGAGCCCAUAUCUGGUCGUCCGUUGGUGGUUGGUCGAUCAUCUACCAAUUCCACAGAACAGCCUCUUUCUCUUCGUCCUUCACUGUCUGUUCGAUCUUCUGUCAACUCCGUUGAACAGUCUCCAUCAGCUCGUACUUUAUCAGUUAACCGUCCAAGCAUGAAGACAGCUACAAUGCCCUCUAGUGUACCUAUAUCACUAAGGCCAGCCUCCCCUUUAAUGUCGCCAAAGUGUUCAGUGAAUAAUCGGAGAGAGAAAAGGUUGUCAGUAGAUUUUGGGAGUGCGAAUGCAAGAGAUGCUGGCAGCCAUCAGUCAACUUCUGCUUUACAGGAUGAGGUUGAUAUGCUACAGGAAGAAAAUGAUAGUUUAAUUGAAAAGCUUCGACUUGCAGAGGAGAGGUUUGAGGAAGCAGAGGCAAGAGCUAGGCUGCUUGAAAAGCAGGUUGCUACACUUGGAGAAGGUGUAACAUUAGAAGCUCGCCUUUUAAGCAGAAAGGAGGCAGCUCUGCAGGAAAGGGAGGCUGCUUUAAGAGUUGCAGAACAAGGUAGGAAACCUGUAGCAGUUACUGCUCUUAGGACUGAAGCUGAGACUGCUAAGGAUGAGGCAACAUCUGCUUUGGAACUGCUUCAUGAAGCUGAGUGUGAAGUUAAAUCACUCAGGAAUAUGACACAGAGAAUGGUUCUGACUCAAGAAGAGAUGGAAGAAGUUGUUCUAAAGAGGUGUUGGCUUGCACGAUAUUGGAGCUUAUGUGUUCAACAUGGUAUACAUGCAGAAAUUGCUGGAGCAAAAUAUGAAUACUGGUCAUCCUUUGCACCUCUUCCUGUUGAAGUUGUAUUAGCUGCUGGACAGACAGCUCAAGAAGAGGACUCAUUAGAAAACAAUGAUACAAAUGAAAGAGAGAGAGUUUUACAAGACAUGAAUGAUCUUUCUGGGGACGGAAACAUUGAGAGCAUGCUUGCAGUUGAGAAAGGUCUGCGAGAACUGGCUUCGUUGAAGAUAGAAGAUGCUGUAGCACUGGCCAUGGCUCAGGUACGGCGACAAAAUUUGCAGAAAACAGACGAAGUGAAGCUACCUGCUGAAGGACAGUUUGAAGCAUUCGAACUAAGUCCAGAGGAGUCUGAAGACGUGCGUUUUAAGCAGGCUUGGCUUACAUAUUUUUGGAAACGAGCGAAAACCCAUGGACUUGAAGAGGACAUAGCAGAUGAGCGUUUGCAGUUCUGGAUCAAUCACAGCAAUCGGUUUUCCUCAUCACUUGAUGCAGUUGAUGUUGAAAGAGGGCUAUUGGAGCUUAAGAAGUUAGGUAUGGAGAACCAGCUCUGGCAAGCGUCUCGAAGAGGGCUGGAGACUGAUUCCAGAACACCUGCUGAGUCUAACUUUUGAUUGCUCACCAAGAAAAUUUUUGCGAAUUUCAUCUUCAUGGUCAUUUAGUUUGUUGAGAGAGCUUCUGUUAAUUUUUAAGUAUGAGUCUGUUAACAUUUAAAAAAAAAAAAAAACUCAAUUUUUAAAUGGUUUUGAUCAAGAUUAACAUUUUAAAUAACCACAAAUUUAAAAGGUUUAGACGUUCAUAUAAAA